AUGGACAACAUGCUGCCCAGUUCAGGGGAGGAGUACUUGCGCAUGGUCAAAGCCCAGGCACGGAAAUGCCCCGCGGUGGUCGUGGCCUCAGGUGCAGGGACGCAAAAACACCUUGCCGCCAAGAACACGUCUCGGAAAUACAGAACCGACUGGCAGUCCUGUCUCCCUGCACCUGAAGGGUGCGCUCCUACGCUCGAGUGGAAGGAUCAGUUCAUGAAGGAUUUCAAUGUGGCCAGAGCGAGCCUCAAACGGUACAAACAGUCUCAAGAGCGACAAGCCAAGCGAGGAGGAGAAGAAGCAGGUGGUGGUGCAAGGUCAAAGCAGGACAAGGGCAGUGAACAAGAAGCGAGUGAGAACGAGCACGACAAUAUACCCGAGUUGGACAGAACUCAGCCACCGUCCUCCACUUACUCCAAGCCUGUUGCUGCUACCGCUUGCAAAGUGGUCUUACCAAAGAUGCACGAUGAGCAAAAGUGGCGCACGUUGCUUUAUGGACCCACGCCAUCGCUCAGCGCCCCAGUCUCUCACAUCGCGUCAACUACGACAGCAGUAGUGACCGAGAUUGCAGCCCCCCUUACUCCCUCCUCUAUUACCACUACUACUACCACUGCAACCGCCACAUCAACAACGAUAGCAGCAGCAGUGGCAACACCGGCAUCGGCAACUACGAGACCAGCGCCAAUAUCGACAGGAGCAAUUCGGCAAGAGUGGAUGUCGCCUUCACCUCAGUUCCUGAUCCGUCUCGAUCAGGGUCAUUUGAUUCAGUUGCUGAGAUAUCAUCUCCGCUGGCUUGCCGAGGAUGACUUGCAAGAACAUGAGGAGAAGUGGCUGUAUGCGGUGUUUCUGAAGCUGGAUGUGCUUGUGGAGUCGGAUCAGGUGGCUGUUCUCAGAAACAUUGCGAAAAAGUGUGCCCGGAUCCGAUCGCAUUUCCACAGCGACUCUGGAAGUAAGCUCGCAACAGUUAAUAUGGUCAUCACCAUCGUAGCUAGGCUCUUUGGACAGGGAGACCUCGAAUAA